CCAGCUCGCUGUCUCUUCUAAUUGCCCCUCACUCGCAAACCCGAAGUCCCGUCGAGAUCUACCAACCUCCAACCCACCAUGCAAUUCUUCAGCGGAUCGGUGGACUCGACCCCAUCGCCGGCGGCGCCGCCGGGAACGGCGUCCGGCCUCUCCGGCAACAACGCCAACAUGCUCUACAUCUUCAACCGCAACGGCGUCUGCCUCCUCUACCACGAGUGGCACCGCCCUCUUCGAACCCUAGACGCUCAGCAGGAUCAGAAGCUCAUGUUCGGCCUCCUCUUCUCUCUUCGAUCCUUCACCGCGAAAAUGGACCCUACAAGUUUGGAUAAAGGGAAUCUUGGAGUGCCGCUGUUGCCAGGGCAAGGGUGUUCCUUUCACAGUUUUCGGACGAACACGUAUAAGCUGAGCUUCAUGGAGAGUCCCUCUGGGAUCAAAAUAAUCCUUGUUACCCAUCCGAAGAUCAGUGACCUUCGGGACUCCUUGAGGCACAUAUACAACAUUUAUGUGGAGUAUGUUGUCAAGAAUCCCCUCUAUAUUCCCGGGAGUCCAAUCAAGUAUGUCCGUGUGAGCUCUUCAAUACAAAUCUUGACCAAUACGUGAAAACCUUGAUUUAGCAUCCUGAGGAAUUGCAGUCAGAAUUUCAUCAUCUUCAUAUAAUUCUUUAGCAUGACCAAAGAAUUUUAAGGUCAGUUUAGUCGUGGCUUUGAGUACUCUUGUUAUAAGGGAAGCUUGAGAAUGUAUGUCCCUUCAAAUUGCAAGCUUCUUAUCUGUUAUGCUGAUUUAUCUCUUGUAUCUGAAAUUCAAAGAAAUUGAGAACUUUUCAUUGAGGUAAAUAUUCUGUUUUAUAUCAAAUAUUUAUUCCAUUCAAUUUGUAGCUUUUUGCACAA